UGNGGUGGUGAAGAUUCUUCAAUGGAUAAGAAAUGGUGGUAUGGUGGUGGAGGCUUAUGUCAACACUCUAGGUCAGGGAUAUUGGAGGUGUAUAAAGGACGUGCCUUAUGUGAUCCAUACGACAAAUGUGAAAUCAGAGGCAUUUGUGAAUGGAGCUUUUCAUUGGGCUAUUGAUUUCCCUGGGUGCCCCAUUGUUUCAUUUGAUAUUUCAGAUGAAGUUUUUAGAGCCGUUCCUUGUGCUCAACUUGGAGUGUUGGAAAUGACCGAUUCAUUGUUAGUUUUAGGUGGGUGUCUUGCAGCAGUUAAGACCUCAUUUCCUCUUCAAAUUGAGAUAUGGGUUAUGAAGGUUUAUGGUUUUCAGGAGUCUUGGACCAAGAAUCUCAUCGUAAAUCUUUAUGAGCUUGGGAGAAAUGUUGUGGGUGUAAAGGUUCUAUCUUAUCUGAAAGAUGAUGAACUUUUAUUGGUCGUGAAUAAUCACUCUCUACUGUCUUACAAUCCCCAAACCACAAGGUUAAGGAAGCUUAACAUUGUUGGACUCCCAUCUUGGUUUGAAGCCAUUGCGUACGUGGGGAGCCUCGUUUCACCUUCAGCUUAAUUAAGAACCAGAGGACAACAGCGCUAAAGGAUUUUGAAUGGAAUGGGAGAAUAAAGUCAGUGGGAGUGAAAUGCUAAGUAUGAAUGUAGUUGGUGGAUGUUUUGUUUAGUUUCAAGACAACUAUUGCAGUGUCCAACAAGACCCGUACACAACCUCCAACACUUCUUUCUGUGCUUUUAGUUUCUUGUAUAAUCCCAACAGAAUAGCUUACCAAACUACUUUUCUUUUUUGUGGAAGAAAAAGGUUUUGUCAGUCUAUUGAAAGUGAACAAGGAGGUACAUGUAGUCAUUGAUGCAUUGCAAUUUCAUCCAUAUGGUUUGAAUCAAUAGUGGUUUGUGAUGUCGAUAGUUGUUGUGUAUACAUUCCUAAUGCUGAUAAGAUAUCUAUUACAACUCAAAUCAUUUCAGCAUGGGUUUGUCCCAACAUUCCCAAC